GCAAGACCCGAACCCGAUUCACCAAUGGAGAAAAGCAAAAACCCCUCUCAAAAACCCUAGCUCUCCACUCGUGAACACCAGAGGGAAACUCUAACAAUGGCUUCUCGCUUGCGUUCAAUCUCGAGGCCCGCUCUCUCUUUCAUGAAAUCGUCAGCGAAGAAGCCAACCAAUCCAUUCUCAUCUUCGUCGUCUCCUCUCCAGUCUCGCCCUCUUCAAUUCUCAAGGGUUUCGCGAGGAAUUGCGUCGUUGGAAUCGAUGCUGCCCUUCCACAGCGCGGUGUCGUCAGCUCGUCUGACGUCGAGAUUGGGGAUCGAUUCAGCGGGCGGAUCGAGGUCGCUAUCUCAGGGUACGCUCUGCAGUUCGAACCCAGGGAGCUAGGUGUCUCUGUACCUCGAUAAAAUGCCAAGAGAUUUAACGGACUUGAGAGCAAUUUUGUGAGUGGCUGGAUCCUAAUGCAGACCUUUUCAUUUCUUGUAUGAACUACAUUCUUAUAGCCCGCUGUCUUGUAUUAAGGUUACGUACCUUUGAUGUUUCUCUUGCAAAGUUGAAUUGUUGUGCAAACUAAUUAUUCAUAAAAAACCAUGAAAGGUUUUGUGUUCGGCACUCGUUCUUGUGAUCAGAAAUCACUUGUUCUGGUACAUAGUUGAUUCUUAUUGCUAUUA